CUGUAUUUUUAACAGAAAAAGCCUCAAAUUAGCCAAUUUCAAGGGGAAUUUUCCUUUAGAAAAUCGUGUCCACAGCUGUCGCCCACUUUAAUUUUUUGACAUAUUGAGCAAAAAACAAUUUUAAAAAAUCACAUCUCCAAAUCUUUCUGGGCUAUGCCCGUAGACAAUAUUUUCUGAAAGAAAAUUCCAUUUAAAAUUUCAGUAUUUAUUGCGAAAUUAAUUGUUCGUUUUCUACCGGUAAUAGUCACUGUAACGCAAAGAUUGUUUUUAUCUAUUUGUCGACACUACGGUCGUAUUCAAUAGAUAAGACAGAAAAUAUUCCAUGCGAAGAGCCGACAGAACACCAUGGCAUUGCAGAGAAAAAUCAUUAUACCGACAUUGACAGUUCUGUCGUGCUUGAUUGGAUUUUUCGUUUCACCGACUGAUGGCGCCCUACCUCCCAGCUGCACGCCUCUCGAAGAACACCCUUUGGACACAGCUGACCCAGGGAUCAUAUUUGGAAGAACCGCGGAGGUAGGGAACAAAGCGUCUCCGGUUAGGACCGGUAAUAUGCGUCAACAUGGACCGCUUCCAACUCACCAUUUUGCAACCAAUGAAAUAAAGAAUAACAAACCAAUUCCAAUGAGGCUGUUCCCUUAUGAAGGCAGCAAUAAUGAAUUCCGCUGGUAUUGUGUACGACGCAUAUACAAUGGACAGGUGGACAAAUCCGGAUCGAACGGAUUUGAUGAUGCAGCAAUCAGCAUGGAAGUCUGGUGAGCCUUGGAACAAAUUGACAGACAUGGGAACCAACAUGCGACAAGUGGUAAGCGGUCCAGACGGGAAUCCCGGAGGUGAAUUCUCAGGUGAGUCCGGUGUCAGAGUAGGAAUUUCCGGAAGUUCCGAUCCGGUUUUGACAAGUUUUGGAGAUCUGUACGCCAACUUUGAAUAUCAUGGCAACGGAGGGAAAAUGGAGGUGCCCUUGGUGCGUGGAUCGGCCUUGCUGACCCAUCUUUUCACUAACGCCAAUCCCGUUAUUAAGCCUUUCUGUUUGUCCAACUUUGCAGGACACCAUGUAAAUUUCAACUGCCCUUUAGAAAGAACAGUAUUGGAUGCUGGAAGUGGGCAUGCUAGCGCCACCUGCUCUGGUGGAACAUUGCACCUAAGACUUCAAAACACCAAAAGAAUCACAGAUGUGACUAAGAUACAGUUUGCUGCCAGACCGAAGGCUCGCUGGACUGCCGGGGAUCACCCUAUGACUAACUGUGAUGCCAGAAAGUGUAGACUUUCUAGUGAUGGAAAGAUCCUGCAAAUAGACGUGCCCAAUGCUCAUGCAGGUGUUAUGGCGUUUGCUUUUAACUACGUUGGUCACUACGUCACUCCUUGGGAUUGGAUAAAUCACCCGGAAGAAGUCACGUGUCAUAGUCGACGCAGCGAAAAAAGAGCUGGGGGUCAUAUAUCGUUACAUGCAUCGUGUGACUCCAACAGGAAUCUGCAGCUUGAUGUUGACCUUGGUCACUAUAACAUCCCAGGUGUUGACAAGAUUCAGUAUGCUGUUGAGCCGGAGAAUGCCUGGGGGAACCCCCCACCUAUGCGCACCUGUAACCCCACCCUCUGUACCCACACCGGAAACACCGUCACUGUCAAACUGCGAGCACCUGCUCAGAACAUUAAACUUGCAGUCAACGUCAUAGGUUACGUAACCCUUCCACACUCUUACUGGAUAGAACGCCCAUAUAGAAUGGUCUGUGGGGGACCUGACUUAGGAUCAACGGCUUCAGGUGGAAGUCACGUGACUCCAGCCCCGACCCUACACUCCAUCACCACACCCCCUCAACAUCAGACACACUCACCUCACACGAUUCGGACGACUGCCUCUUCCCGACCUCUAACCCAGGGGUCGAAGUUUAUCAUGGAACUGAAUGAACCAGGUGAUGAAUUACCAAACCAAACAAGAAAAUUCUUACUGUAUUUCCAAAGUCCAGUCACCCCGCACAUCAACGAGGUCGACAAUACAAUAAUUUUUACUCCUUCAAACGGUGGUCAUUACUCAGGAUUCAUGCAGCUAGCUUAUUUAGGAGCGGGUCCAAGGGGAGAUCACUCAAAUGAUACAGUUCUAGACAGGUAUCUUGGGGUGUAUUCCUAUAAGCCUAAGGCGUCUUACUGCGUCAAGAAUGACCGAGCAUAUGCCAGUUUUGAUUGGAAUCCCAACAACCAGUUUUCCUAUCAGUCAGCAGGAACGCUUCUCAUGAUCACGAUGCCACACCAUGCAUACAUCUUAAAAGAUCAUUUUGCAGCAAAUUUGCGGUCUACAGUCUAUACGUUCAAGGGUUUUGAGGGAGCGAGCUGGUUAUUAGACAUGGAGGCACCACGUGCCGCUAUGGAACCCGAUCCUGCUGCUGUACAGGCUAUAAAGGCCAACAACCAACAUCUUCAGGACAUCCUGCAUGCUAUAGAGAGGGAUACCUCUCAAGCCAAUCUGGAGUCAUACUGCUCUUUCUCAGACAGUUACGGUGUGGGAAAGGGAAUCGGCAUGCAUGCUCGACUGGCUAGCAUCUCACGUGCAUUUGGAACUCACCAUUACCAAUCUCUGGACGGGAAAGUCAGACAUUGCUUAGAAAAAUGGCUUCGCAUAGACGACUCUCUUCCAGAGAGAAACCGAUUCCAUUAUGACACUGUGUGGGGUGGACUUUUCCUUCGGGGUGAGGAUGGGGAAGCCCACUUCUACACAGACUAUGGGUUUCCCUUCUACAAUGACCACCACUUCCAUCUUGGGUACUUUCUGUAUGCCCUCGCCUAUUAUGUGCGUCACGACAAGGCCUGGGCUCAGCAACACCGACAGAGAAUAUAUGCCUUAGCACGAGAUGUAGGUAACCCUAGUUACAAGGACAAAUUUUUCCCUGUGGUACGCCAUAAAGACAUUUACAUGGGGAUAUCGUGGGCGAGCGGUGUGGGGCCAGGGCUAAGGCAAGAGGAAUCUUCCUCAGAGUCGUUAAACUGCUACCAUGCACUGGCUGCUUUGGGGGACGCUUUGGACGACCCCAUUCUGCGGGGUACAGGACAAGUGAUGCUGGCCCUUGAGAUUGCCUCUGUUCGGGAAUACUAUCACGUGCGCGACCACAACUUCAACCAAUUCCCGCCAAUUUUGCAGAAGUUUGGUGUGGUCGGUCAAAUAGCCGAGGACAGUUUCUACGUCUACACUUUGGAUUGGGGCUGUGACCCUAAUGUGUUUCCCAUGAGACACGGGUGUUUAGUUGGUAUUCAAAUCAUCCCAAUCACGGCAGUAUCCAAAUAUUGGAUGGACAAGGAUUGGGCAAAACACAUCCUACAGACUUGUGAUUGGGCAAUUAAUCCGUCUCACGCCACUGAUUAUAACCUUGCGAACCCUAAAGACCUUCGUGACCUUACUACUGGUUGGAAAGCGUUUUGUUAUGCUGGUAUGGCACCAUUUGACGAGUCACACAAAACCGCCGCUGCCAACUAUCUGAAAGACAAAUACCCACGUGACUUAGUAGGAGGGACGGGUGCAGCUAGCACAUUACUCUUUAUAUACGAAAGAACCUAAAUAAUAAAUCUUUUUAAAAAAAUAUUUCUAGUUAGGAGGAAUUUAAUUUUUAAACGUC